CAAUAGGGCGUGCGUGGUGACGUCAACGCGCACGCUGCCGCCCCCCCAAACCCGGAAGUGUGCGCACGCCCGGGCGGGCGUGAGGGGCCGCGGGGAUGGCGGCGGCCGCUGAGCUGCAGGCCAAGUACCAGAAGCUGGCGCAGGAGUACUCCAAGCUUCGAGCUCAGAACCAAGUACUGAAAAAAGGGGUUGUAGAUGAGCAAGCGAACUCGGCAUCUCUGAAGGAGCAACUGAAGAUGAAGGAUCAAUCUCUGAGAAAAAUGCAACAAGAAAUGGACAGCUUGACCUUUCGAAAUCAGCAGCUUGCCAAGCGGGUGGAGUUACUUCAGGAUGAACUUGCCUUGAGUGAAGCGAAGGGCAAGAAGAACAAGAAAAGUGCUGAGUCCUCAUCUCAGUUGAGUCAAGAGCAGAAAAGUGUCUUCAAUGAAGAUCUGCAGAAGAAGAUAGAAGAGAAUGAACGACUGCAUAUACUUUUCUUUGAAGCAGAUGAGCAGCACAAACGUUUAGAAGCGGAGCUGAGAACUAAACUUGAGAUUUUGGAAAUGGAUGCUGCCCAGCAUCAGGCUGUGGUGGACAGUUUAACACGGAAAUACACGGACACUGUAGAAAAGCUGCAGAAUGAUAAAGCCAAAUUGGAAAUCAAGUCUCAGACACUAGAAAGAGAAGCUAAGGACUGUAGGCUUCGAACCGAGGAAUGCCAACAACAAUUAAAGAACCUUCAAGCAGCUUUGGGCAGUAGACUGGAAGAAUCUCUAUGCAUAAUCAAUGAAAAAGUUCCUUUUAAUGACACAAGAUCUAGUAGAUACAAUGCUCUGAAUGUACCCUUACACAACAGGCGAUAUCAGCUGAAGUUGCGAGACCUCGCUGGCCAGGCACUGGCUUUUGUUCAAGAACUUGUAACAGCUCUCUUGAACUUCCAUACGUACACUGAGCAGAAGGUACAGAUCUUUCCAGUUGACUCUGCCACAGACACUAUAACACCGCUAAAUCAGAAGUUCUCACAGUACCUUCAUGAAAAUGCUUCCUAUGUCCGCCCUCUGGAGGAAGGAAUGCUCCACGUGUUUGAGAGCAUCACAGAAGAUACUGUGACAGUCCUGGAAACAGCUGUGAAAUUGAAAGCCUUCUCAGAACAUUUAGCUUCCUACUUAGGCUUUUUAAGAAAGAUUCUUCCUUAUCAGUUAAAAAGUUUGGAAGAAGAGUGUGAGUCUUCUCUUUGCACAGCUGCUUUGAGAGCUAGAAAUAUGGAGCUGCACAGAGACAUGAAAAGGUUGACUGCAGUCUUUGAGAAGUUACACACCUAUGUUAGUCUGCUUGUGCUACCAAGUACAAAACCUGAAGGACUUCUUAGGACAAAUUACAACUUGGUGUUUACAAACAUUGCUACCAGUCUUCAUGGAUUUCAUGACAUUUUAAAAGACAUUUCCAAGCAUUACAGCCAGAAAGCUACUUUAGAACAAGAUGUUCCAACUGCCACACAGAAACUCAUAACUACAAAUGACUGUAUUUUAUCGUCUCUCGUGGCUUUAACAAAUGGAGCAGGCAAGAUUGCCUCAUUCUUCAGCAACAACUUGGAUCACUUCACUACUUCGUUGAGCUACGGCCCUAAAGGAGAAGCAGAGUUCAUCAGCCCUCUUUCAGCUGAGUGUAUGCUGCAGUACAAGAAGAAGGCAGUUGCCUACAUGAAGUCUUUGAGGAAGCCUUGUGCAGAUUCAGUGCCUUAUGAAGAGGCUCUGGCCAAUCGCAGAGUUCUUCUGAGUUCCACAGAAAGUCGAGAAGGUCUCGCACAACAGGUCCAGCAGAGUUUGGAGAAAAUUGCAAAACUCGAACAAGAAAAAGAGCACUGGAUGUUGGAGGCCCAGCUGGCUAAAAUAAAGCUGGAGAAAGAAAACCAAAGACUGAAGCACUCUCUUAGCGGACAUUUAACUGAGACGAUACAAGAGCAUUCUGCUUUGCCAAAUGUAGCUGAACAAAAGGAAAAUGCAGAAAGAAGUCCGAGGGAACCUAUGAAAAGUACUAGUCUGAUUGGAAUGUUGACUGUGACUGCUGAUAAUGAAAAGGCUCCAGAUGUUGAGUCUCGUGAAGACCUGAUCAAAACCCAUUACAUGGCAAGGAUUGCAGAACUUACAUCUCACCUGCAGCUUGCUGACAGCAAGUCGGUGCACUUCCAUGCUGAGUGUCGAGCACUUGUGAAAAGGCUGUCAUUAGCAGAGAAGUCCAAGGAAUCGCUCACGGAAGAGUUGAAACUAGCUGGUCAAAACAUCAGCAGAUUACAGGAUGAAUUGAUGACAACAAAGAGAAGUUAUGAGGAUCAGCUAAGUAUGAUGAGUGACCACCUCUGCAGUAUGAAUGAAACCUUAACGAAGCAAAGGGAAGAAAUCGAUACGCUGAAGAUGGCGAGUAAGGGAAAUUCUAAGAAAAACAAAAACCGGUAGCUUACAGCUGAUCCACCGUCUUCGGGAGCUGCUGUUUGCACGUGAUGCAGAGACUGAAGGUUCAUCAUCCAAUUCCUGUUUGUUUGGAAGGAGAGCUUGUUUUGGGUCUAGUACAAUCUGAUUUGGUGCUGUAAAUGGCUUUAAAAUAUUUAGGACUUGUAACAGAUAAACCAGAACUUGAUGUUGGCUCUCAAGGAAACACACACUCUUUGGAUAAUUUAUAUAGUAAUUACCUUCAGUUUUUACUGUGCACUUUUUAAACCCAGGUUUUGAUUUAAUGUAAUAACUUUGGAUUUUGUAUAUUUUCAAACACAAUUAUGCAUUAACAAGUUUGGAUUAGUGCACUAGUUUAUAUUUGCGUUAUAUGUUUGAUUGUCAACACACGUACAUUCCUUUACUUGUUAAAAACAGCUAAAAAUGUGUUCUGGGACUUUUUUUUUGGCCAUUGAAGCUGUUACUGUAAAUGUAUAAUUCCUGUUCCCAGCCCUUUGGAAUUAAUUGGAAUUAAUUGGAAUUAUGGCUCUAAAUGAUUUCUAUAAAUUCACACUGGUAAAUGGGAUUAUUUCAUUUGAGAUUACAAUAAUGGAAACUUGCUGCUUGUAUUUGGCAAUUUGGGUUUUGAAGUGAAGAGCAGAAAUACCUGGGUUGGGAUACAUUGAUCCAAAUGGCUUUAAGCCCUUAUUUAGGGAUUUUGUUUACACGUGUAUGUGUGUAUGUAUAUAUAUGGGUUGAAAUAGCUGUUUAAAGCUAGAGGAAAUUGUGAUUGUAAUUAUGCCCCAAAGAGUGAAACAAUGUGUGUGUUUAGAAUAGAUCAGCUCACUGUGCUCUUACAGUAAAGAAUACGAAUCAUAUAGACAAUUUAAACACUGAAUUUGCAAAAAGUCUUCAUCUAAUUAAGUCCUGAUGGAUGCACUGGGGCGAUGCACGUGGCUUUUCCUGUGUUUUGGGAAGUUUGUGACCUUUAGGACUCUCCUGAUAUUUUUUUAAGUGAAGUCCAUACCACAAGUUUUCACAGCAUUGAUUUUUUUUGUAAUUAUUUUUUUAAUGAGAUGCUGUGCUACUCCACACUUUAAAUGGCUCUUCUGUUCCAUAAUUUGCAUUAUGGCACUCAUUUGUCCCAUAAGGGUUUAUCUGGUAACAGCU